AUGGAGGACGAAGACGGGCUCCCAUAUGUCGCCCCGCUAGAUGCAUCCCAUCCACUACUGAGUGCUCCUGGUGACUCUUUCGAUGUUGACGAAUUUUUGUUAUCGCGAUCUCACACCUCGCUCCCUGACUUGCGCACCGAACUCAAUGAUUACUUGAACAAACUCAGAGCUGAACUCGUGCACCUCAUCAAUGAGAAUUAUGCAGACUUUAUCAGUCUAAGCACCGACUUGCGUGGGGAGGGAGAGACGAUCGAUACCAUGAGGGCACCCCUGUCUACGAUUAUCACUGAAAUUGAGACGUCCAGGGCAGAAUUGCGCGAUAUUCAGGAUGCAGUUCAAACAAAGCUCGAUGCUCGUACUGUCCUACGCGAAGAGCAGGGUAUUCUUCGUCUCCUGCUGAAACUCGCCGACUCUGUCUCGCGGGUCGAAGUACUACUCGCGAUUUCACCUUCAAAUGAUGACAGUUUGGCCGUUGGGAACACUUCGCCCCAAGCUACUACACUAUCUGCUUCCGAUGGCCUAGGGUUACGUGGUAUGGAUGGUUUACGAUUGCACGUCACGGAGGAUGAUACCGAUCCCAAGCUUCGUGCAGGCUACGCCAAACACCUUUCGCGUGCAGCAGGAGAGCUAUCCCAAGUGCUUUACCUCGCAGACAAGGCUCGUGAAAAUAGCUGCGCAUUGGUAGAUACCCUUCAAUUCCGAAUAGACCGUAUCACAUCAACACUUUCGCGAGACUUGGAUCAUCAUCUGGCAUCCACUCUUCGUGCAUUGACAGAUUCUUCCACAAUGCCCUCGGCCGCUUCUGCUGAGCGAGCACGUCUUACAUCUGAACUUGUUGAAUGCUUCAAAAUAUACGACGCUUUGAAAAUGUGGAGAGAGGCCGAGGAUGUAAUUAGAAGGGAGUUAGUUCGUCCUUUCAUCAAAAAGACUAUACACCCCGCCUCUUUAACUGCACCACAAUCUCCUAUUCUCCCUCGUACUCCCUUUGCUCACCCAGCACCAACUUGCCUCCUUCCACACACCCCAUUCACACCCUUUGCUCCGCUCGCGACCGCUGCAGCCUCGUCUUUCUCCCCCAACAUCCAUCCCGAGAUACUCAUACCCGAGCCCAACCUCGGGGAUACGAGCAUACCUUUAAACGAUAAAAACGGAGCUGCCGUAACCGACGAAGCAGGCGGGGGUGACGCAUUGGUCGGGUUGUACAACAAGGUUCUCCGAUUCGUUCAACGUGAUGUUAUGGGUGUAGUUCGCGUUGCAGAAAGUGUUUCCGGUAAAUCGCGUCGGGGAGGUGGACAUAUUUUUGGAGGAAUGAGUCCUGGUGGGUUAGGGAUCAGUCCCGGUGGAUUGCCUCCCAGCUCCAGUAUUGGAGUUAGCCCUAUAGGUCCCGGGUUGGUCGGAGCCGAUCCUACGGCGGCGGUAACGGAGAACCCCGAAAGGAUAGAGAUCAUAGCUAAUGUCGUAUGGGCUGAACUUGCCAGGGCGUUGAUGGAUGAACUAGGCAGUACCGUCUUUGCCGUUGGCCGACCUGAUGAAUUCAGGCAGAACUAUACAACAACACAGCACCUCAUUUCAGCACUGGAAGCACUCGCGCCACGAGCUUCAGUCCCGGCGCUCCGGGCUCAUCCAUUGACAACGACCUUUUCUCGGAGGUGGCAGCUCCCGGUGUACUUUCAGCUACGAUGGAAAGACAUUGUUGGCAAGUGUGAAAAUGUUUUAGGAAGUGGAGCUGGGGAAAAGCAGGAUUUUGCCACACCUCAAGCGAAUGCUAUUUAUGCUGCAAUUAAAAGCUGUUGGAGUACACAAGUAUAUGUCCCUGAGCUCGGGCACAGGUUCUGGCGAUUGACCCUGCAAUUGUUAAGUCGAUAUAGAACGUGGAUGGAUACAUCGCUACCACUCAAGGAGGCGCCGAUUGCCCAGCCAGACAGGGUUACGACACUCGCGACCCCUGGGACUCGCCCGAGUACCCCAGACAUCUUGGAGCGUAAUAACUCAGAUGAUGUUUUGCUUUCCACUCUAGGAUUUACCUUAUCUGAUGCACGACUCUUGCAGCAAAAGGCAAGUGGUUAUCGUUUUGCGCCAGACGGAUGGCCUAAUCGUUUCGUACAGGUACAGGCACUAUGGGAAGAUGUAAUACAAGUGCUGUUACCAGACGGUAUAGAUGCCGGUGAUGACGAGGAACGGGCAGAAGAUGCACUCGUACGCUCUUUAAAGAAUAUAUCUUCUUACGAGAAAACCAUCAGGACUCGAGCAAUUGCAAUCUUGACCAAACGCUGCGCCGAACCGCUCGCCAACGCAAAAUCCAUUCCUGUCCAGUACCGUGGGGCACGCCGAUCAGUCACGGAGCCCAGCCCGUUUAUUGCAACCGUCUGGCGUCCCUUGGCGACCUUUUUCGGAGAAAAUGGACCAGGAGAACGACUGAGGGAUGACCUUGGUAAAGAAUGGUGCUCGGCGAUUUUUGAAGAUGUCGUGGCGAGGUACAUAGCUCUGCUAAUCAAAAUCAAGCAAACUGAGCAGUCGAUUCGGCGGGUCAAUCGAAUGCCCACUUUCUCCCUGUUUGGAUCUCGAAAUUCCGGGGGAGAAGAACGCGAUGACGAACGUAUACGUGCGCAAAUGAUGCUCGACGUCGACUCAUUGGGUAACGAAGCACGUGCUCUUGGUUUUGGAAUGACAGAGGUGGUUGAUAAUAGUGAAGGAUACAAAGAGCUUAAGCGAGUUGCCUCGCAGGGAGAUGCCGAACCAACCACUCCAGCGUGA